AAUCACACAAGAUUUGGAAAGCACAAUCACCAUGAAGACACCUCUAAUACUCAAAUUGAUGCAAACUCAUACAAAAUCAUUCAAUCUAAACAAGUAAUUACAAAGUAUUAGUUAGGGAUCUACAACACCCAAGAGAAAAGAGUGAGUUUCUAGAGAGAGAGAGAGAGAGAGAGAGAGAGGAGAGAUUACAAAGAAACCUCUAGAUCUUCUUCUUCUUCUUCUUCUUAUAGGCUCGAUUCCUUGCUCCCAAGCUUGAAAAAUGCCUUCAAUUAAGCUCCAAGAUCCUUAUCUCACUCUCUAGAACUCCCCUAUGGUGUUUUGGGUCGAAACCCUAGAGAAAGAAACCCAUUCUUCUUCAAAAACCAGCUCCCCCUUCUCUCUCUCGCUGUUGUCUUCAUAUUUGCCCGAAAGUGACCAGUUCACGGACGCGUUGGCCAGUUCACGGCCGUGAACAUCUAAACGCGUACGUGAACUCAGUGUCGUCUCCAAAACGCACCGCUUCGCUUAUGUUGUUCACGGUCAUUGGCCCCAGUUCACGGUCUUAGUGACCGUGAACUCCCUUUGCGUCAGUAACCUCUGAAACCUCGCUGGACUGCUAUAUGUUCACGGUUUGUGGCUCCAAUUCACAGUCAUAGGAGACCGUGAACUCCCUUGCUUGACCGUGAACUGCGGCUGCUUCCUGGACGCCAGCACUUCACUGUUGUGGGGCAAUUGUCACGGUCUUUGGACUUUUCUUUGGAUUUUGCGCUUUUUGACCUCCAAUUAUCCCAAAAUUCGACCUCGACCCUUCCACACAUGCUAGGACCUGAAACGUAACAAAACAAGCACAACCUAGCGUGAAAUAUAUCGAAGAACGAUGAAAUACUAAACUAAAAGAAUAAGAAAAGAGGGGCAAAAUGUGUGCAUUUGGGCCCGAAUCAAGGGUUUUUAGUAUCGUAACAGAAAAGGCAUAAACAAUGAUGCUCAUCCAAGUUUGAACGAAGCCAAGGUCAGCAAUUCAAACUCCACGAACUAUAAGAGCAAUGAAAAGAGUUGGGAAGUUGGUCUAGCUUGUUAGAGGCUUAGAGCUAGAGUAAUGGACAAUAAAGAAAAUUGAACUCAUGAUAGAAACCUAAUUUUCGGGUUCAUACCUAGGGAUACUAAAUCGGUAACCUUAGCAUUCAUUCGAGUGUUCAUCCGCUUGCCUGGGUUUAAGAGAGCACAUGUGGGGUAUUCCUCGGGCAUCAUAACAAUUUGUGGAAAACGUCCGUUGGAGGACGAGAAUCGGUGGAUGCGUUUUGAGACAAAGAUCAAGAUUAGGUCGGAUUUCGAUGUCGAAGAAUUUGACGUUUUGUUGAGAUACGGCUUGCUCACCGUUGAAAUUGCCGAGAGCAAAUCUUCGUCGCCAACAGCAGCGGGAAGCACACAGCUCACUAAACCCGCUGUCAUAAUCCUGCCGCUAACCGACGCAGCGAGGGAAGAAGAUUUGUUGGCUAAGGGAAAAGAAGAGGCGGCCGCCGCAAAGGGAAAGGGUUGCUGCGGUUGGAAGGAGCGGAGGGGCAGGCAGCGAGCGAGCCACCGCCACAACAGGAAAAGACGACAUGAGAUCCUGGCGAGGCGGAGGUGGAGCGAUCAAGUGAGGCUACAUCACAAGCGGACGACGAGCAAGAGCGGACGAUCGAGGAGGAGGAAGCUGCGCAGUUGAAGCCGCAGACGAGGUGACGGCAGUGAUGUCAUUGGCUCGAGAAGCAGUGCCAGUCGUGAAUGGAGAAGUGGCAUCGCGAUCAUUCGCAUCUCCACCCGCCGCGACGACAGUGACGAUGACAGAGAGGGAGUCAGGCAUCAUGGCUCCGGAAUCGCCCUGGGAGAUGGAAACAAAGAUGGCGUCGUCGGGUAAAGACUCGAAGUAUUCGCUGGUGAACGAAGAGGACGAUGACAACUUUCUCUCUCUCCCGAGUGAGGGCGAGUUACAGUCGUCGUUGAAGUAGAAGCCUCAAGAAGACGAGCCAUCGUCGGAGAACGAGAUGGAUUCGAGUUUAGCUUUCCACGGUCUGGUGUUCUCCUUGCCGCCGGUUGAGGAAUCGAAGAAGGUGUGCGGCGCGCUAGGGGAUAAGAACUCAAAGACUAGGCCGCCAUCAGGCUGGCACUCGUGUCUUCUGGUGAGCCGCUCGCCGUUGGGAAUGAAGUCGGAGAUGGUUCUGCAGACAAAGGAUGGGGAGGAAGGCGGCGCGACAAGGAAUAAGAAGAUGGAGGAAGGUGGUGGUAGCUAGGUUCCUCUUGUCGAUAAUCCUAGCUCGCAAUUUUUGCCCACCUCAAACCAGCAAUCAUUUGUUCCUUCGGGUCGAAUUGCUUGGGCCGUCGAUCUGGAGAGGGUAGAUGGAGCGGGCUGGGUCGAAGCCAUUAGUCUUGGUCGCGGGCUGGCUUUGAAUAAGAAGCUCAGUGGGUUUACAUUGGGUCGAUCCGAGCAUGCGAAUGGGUCUAAGGCAAGCAAAAGAAAGGCAAGUUGGGCUAAAGUAGGGAUGGCAAUUUCGACCUGACCCGAUUUACCCGACCUGUUUGACCUGUUCUGGGGCGGGGCGGGAAUGGGUACCUCUCAUAAACCCGACCUGCCCUGACCCGCCCCAUUCUCGACCCAUUCUUGCCUAAAUUACAUGUAAUCUUAGUCAAAUUACUUAGGAUUUUCCUCUUAUUACAUCAUAUUUUAGGUAUAAUAAAGUUGUAAAUAAGUGAAAAACUCAAUUUCUCCAUCAACUUAACUACAUUUUAUCAAAUUAAUGUUUCUUUCUUGGUCUUUUAAUUAAAAUAACGAAUAAUUCUAAUG